GAGGGCUUGCUCCGCGUUCAGUCCAGCGAGGAGGAAGAGAAGAGCUCGGCGGCGCGGGAGGCAGCCGCGGCGAGCGAGUGUGUGCGCAGCGCAGCGCAGCAGCAGCAGCCGCGGCGAGCGAGCGAGUGUGUGCGCAGCAGCAGCAGCAGCAGCAGCAGCCACGCGGGUCUUGAGUUGCGUCACAAAUGGACGCGUGGGCGCUGGCGUGGUGGACGUUGGCGCUGGGGGCGGCAGCGUUGGCGUGGGGCGCCGCGACGAGGAUGCUGGCACGAGCGCUGAAACGCGACGACGUCGAGCACAAGAGAGACGAGCCAAAGGAGGACAAACUGCUGGCCGCCGGCGGCAAAGCUGUCGUCAUCACAGGCUGCGACUCGGGCUUCGGGAAGGCAACGGCCCGCCACCUGGACGGCUUGGGCUUCCGGGUCUUCGCCACGGUGUUGGACGCAGAGGGAGAAGGCGCCUGCGAGCUGCGGCGCGCCUGCUCGCCGCGACUCUCGCUGCUGCAGCUGGACAUCACGCAGCCGCAGCAGGUGCGGGGAGCGCUCGCCCAGGUUCAGGCGCAGCUGGGACCCCAAGGUCUGUGGGCUCUGGUGAACAACGCCGGCGUGUGCGUCAACUUUGGCGACAUCGAGCUGUCUCAGAUGUCCACCUUCCGCGGCUGCAUGGAGGUCAACUUCUUCGGAACGCUCAACGUCACCAAAACUUUCCUGCCGCUGCUGAGACGCGGCAAAGGGCGAGUGAUCACCGUCUCCAGUCCGGCGGGCGACCAACCCUUCCCAUGCUUGGCUGCGUACGGAGCGUCCAAAGCGGCGCUCAACCUUUUCAUGGAGACGCUGCGACACGAGCUGGCGCCGUGGGGAGUCCACGUCUCCACCAUUCUGCCUUCGUCCUACAAGACGGGUCAGUGCACCGACACCACGUACUGGGAGGCCCGACACCAGGAGCUGCUGCGCUCGCUUUCUCCGGCGCUUCUGGAGGACUUUGGAGAGGACUACGUGGGCGAGACCAAGGAGCUCUUCCACCACUUUGCCCGCCACGCCAACCCGGACCUCAGCCCCGUGGUGGACGCCAUGGAGCGGGCGCUGCGGGAGCCGCAGCCGCGGGACCGCUACUACGCCGGGCCCGGAGUGGGCCUCAUGUACCUGGUCAGCGCCUACUUUCCUUCCGCCCUCAGGAACCGAUUCCUCCAGCGUCUUUUUGUCAAGAAGAGGUUGGCGCCGCGGGCGCUCCGAAAGGAUGCCGCCCUCGGGAAGGACUCCGCCGACCAGUGUCGCCAUGAUGACAACAACAAUGACGAGGAGGAGGCGGACAAAGUCAAGUAGCGCCGGGCGGCGGGCACGGUGACAAAGAAAGCAGAAGGCAUUUCUUUUCAGCAUGUCUCAGGUCCAGGUGUGUAGGAGCCCAUGCUUUGUCCUCACUUGAAAGACAAUUCCUAGCGUGCACAAAUGGUCCACAACCAGCGGAGGCAGCGGCACCGCCACUUUACGCUGAACCUGCGGACCUGUUCUCCCCAGCCGACACAACGGGAAGGCACAAGUGAAAGCAGCGAGGCACGAUUCUCCAAAACAGGAAGAGACCGAGGAGUUCCCCCGCCUGCCUCGCCUCGCCGCUCGCUUUUUCCGGCCUGACCGUGACAUCACGUCCUGUUGCUCUCAUUCCAACUAACCAGCAGAUUUUGUAUCAAUACAAGCAUUUUUGUAGCUCAUUCUUUGAUAGAAUUAAAGUUUUUCACACACUU